GAGACGACAAUCAGACGCUCAAGGCCAGCUCUCCAUAAACAUUAUACCCGUGUCAUGCUGCUGCUAAUAUUGGCAGUUCUAGUACGCACAGAACCAGCUUUACAGAGCCAAGUCUACACUAUCGGUCAGAUAUUGAAAUGUCGUCCUCCAUUCUGUCUGGGGUUAGGGUUUAUUUCAUGUAUUGCAUGACUGCAAGCUUGAAAGGGUGCUUGAUUUUCGUAGACUUGCUAUGAAUAUUGGCAAAAAAUUGCUCUAUCUAGCGGAUAUGCAAUUUUGUCAGUAGCCUUUCUGAUCCUCGCGGACCCAGAACGGGUCGAGGAUUUGGGCCGAGGAGACGUAGGACUUGGUGACAUUACACCGUGGUGAGAAGGACCUCUUGUAGAAUUAACCAACCCGAGGAAUACUUUGAUAUAGUAGCCUGUGCACUUGAUCAUAUUCGAGUCCGGGCCCCCCGCCAUCCGCAUUUCGUUUCAGACCAAUAGGGGUAGUACUGUCAAGAGUACUGAGUACGGAGUAUUGACUGGUAUCCGUUUCAGUCGCCCAAGCCUCGAUGGAUUCAACAACUCGGGAGUCUCGCAUCAUGGACUAUGUCGCACCCCGGCAGCCGACAAUUGUAGCCUGCACUUCGGUACUUCAGUCGCGGUAAUGAUCGCGGGUCCUUCACUUCGGAACUCUCGGAAAGUGCGUAAGCAGGGGGUCCAUAGAUUCUCUCCAGCUUAUAUAGACCCGGUAAUCCUCUUUCCAAGUCAUUGUACCUUUGCAUCACACACGUCAUACCGCUUAAUCCACUACUAUGUCAGACGUUCUCCAUGUUGAGAUGUCUUAUUGCACCCUGUGCGACAAAUAUUUUCCCUGCAACGAAACCCGAGGUCAGCAUGUUCAAAUGUCUCCAAACCAUCCUCAGUGCGUUCCCUGUAACCGGCGAUUUUUGAAUAAGAACUCUCUUCGCAAUCACUAUGUCUAUUCCCCCAGGCAUCAUUAUUGCGUCGCAUGUGAAAAGAGCUUCAAGACCGCUGGGGGCUUCAGAAUGCAUGUCGAAUAUGCUGCAGUACAUCGUGACGACAGUGACGACGACGACGACGAAUCAGAAAUGGAGGAACCCCCUGACGGAUGGGAAGACGAAUAUGGAAAGAUCGAGUUCCCCGACGAAGAGGGGGAAGAAACGGAUGACGAUCUGUCUUGGGAGGAGUACGACGAGUGUGAUAUUGAGAGGGAAGAUGAGCUGCAUGACCCUCUUGCGAUUUCAUUGGAUUCGCAAGAGAGUGAACCAUUGAAUUCUGAUGCUAUUUCUUCACAUUCUGGCAAUGUGAAACAGUCUUCGCAAGAUAGUUCGCUGGCGAGUUAUGAUUGCCCACUAUGUCUGGAUACUACGAAAGCUUUGAGUGUGACUCGAUGCGGCCAUAUAUUUUGUACAUCGUGUAUUCAAAGAGUAUUCCGAACCAAAAGAUUAUGCCCUGUUUGCCGUCAAUCAGGUUCGUUGAAACAGUUGCGAAAGAUAUAUCCAACGUUCGCAUGAAUCAAAUCAUAGUAAUGCACUUGUAGUAAUGUAUUUUUUAUUUAUUACAUAAACUGAAGUUUUCUUAAAUCCGGUUUGGGAAUAUAUACAAUUGAAAUAAUUUGUUGACGCGCAAUGGCUCAUGAUAAUUU